AUGCCGUACAGAGUGGCGACUGGCUAUAGUGAAAAUGUCWCAGACGAUGAUUUAAAAUGGAGAAGGCCAAUGUUGAAAGAGGAAUUCGAGAGCCAUGACAAUUUCUGGAUGGAUGAGGCCAACCUAAAUGAAAAAAAUAAAAAGGGGCAAUUAGUGUCCCGCUUGGAACCUAUAGUCAUGCCCAUUGUUUUUACGCUACUGGGGAUGUUCACUAGAAUGUAUAAGAUUGGGUUUAAUGACCAUGUAGUUUGGGAUGAAGCUCAUUUUGGCAAGUUUGGGUCCUACUAUCUGAGACACGAGUAUUACCACGAUGUUCAUCCGCCCUUAGGGAAGAUGCUAGUUGGGCUCUCUGGUUAUUUGGCUGGCUACAAUGGUUCUUGGGAUUUCCCAUCUGGGGAGGUCUACCCCGACAACAUCAACUAUGUCAAAAUGAGAUUGUUUCAAGCAAUGUUCUCUUCACUAUGCGUACCCUUGGCAUAUUUUACGGGGAGGACUAUCGGGUUUUCCAGGCUGAGCGUUUGGCUAUUUACCACGUUAGUAGCUUUCGAAAAUUCCUAUGCAACUUUAGGUAGAUUUAUCCUUUUAGAUUCAAUGCUCCUUUUCUUUACUGUCUCUUCUUAUUUUUGUCUAGCCAAGUUCCAUACCAUGAGAAAAUUUCCAUUUUCUGGCAGAUGGUGGCUAUGGUUAUGUCUUACUGGGCUGAAUCUGGGUUGCGCAGUAUCUGUUAAAAUGGUAGGUCUUUUCAUCAUUACCGUGGUAGGUAUUUAUACUAUAGUUGAAUUGUGGAACCUAUUAACUGAAAAAUCUGUAUCCUGGAAAGCUUACAUUUACCAUUGGUUGGCAAGAAUCUUUGGAUUAAUCGUUAUACCCGUUUUUGUGUUUCUAUUGUGCUUCAAGAUUCAUUUCGAUUUGCUAUACAACUCAGGUCCAGGCGACUAUACCAUGCCAUCGUUAUUCCAAGCUAGUCUGAAUGGCACAACCGUAGGCAAGGGACCCCGUGAUGUUGCCCUGGGAUCUUCUAUCAUCUCCAUCAAGAAUCAAGUGUUGGGAGGAGCUUUAUUACACUCCCACGUUCAGCCAUAUCCAGAAGGCUCUGAACAACAACAAGUGACCACCUAUGGUUAUGGUGAUGCCAACAAUGAAUGGUUCUUCCAAAGAGUUAGGGGCGCUGCACCCUGGACUGAGGCUGAAAAUGCUACACUAGAAUUUGUUAAGGGCGGUGAAAUGUAUAGGAUAAUGCAUCGCCUCACAGGUAAGAAUUUGCACACCCAUGAAAUCCCUGCACCUAUUGUAAAGAGCGAAUGGGAGGUUUCUGCUUAUGGCGACGUUGAUCUUGGCGAUCCUAAGGAUAAUUGGAUCAUUGAAAUUGCGGAGCAAGUGGGGAAUGAAGAUCCCACACUGUUACAUCCGUUGUCUACGUCUUUCCGAAUCAAAAAUUCUAUACUGGGUUGUUAUUUGGCCCAGUCAGGUAAAAAUUUGCCAGAAUGGGGUUUUAGACAAAAAGAAGUAGUCUGUUUGAAGCAUACCUCCAAGAGCGAUAAGAGAACAUGGUGGAACAUUGACACUCACGAAAAUGAAUUGUUGCCUGAACCAAAAGAUUUUGUAUACCCGAAGGCCUCAUUUUUAAAAAACUUCAUUUAUUUGAACUCAGCAAUGAUGGCAACGAAUAAUGCCUUGGUACCAAACCCUGAAAAGUUCGACGCUAUGACUUCAUCUGCUUGGCAAUGGCCAACCUUGAAUGUCGGUGUAAGACUAUGUGAAUGGAGUGAAAAAUCCGUUAAAUACUUUUUGUUAGGAUCUCCAGGUUCUGUUUGGCCCUCAAGCAUUGCAGUCUGCGCUCUAAUAAUACAUAUCACGUUCUUGAUUUUAAAAUGGCAAAGACAAUGUGUUGUCCUACCUGAUCCAAUUAAACGUGACAAGUUCUUUAUGGCCGCUUUUUACCCAUUGCUCGCAUGGGGUCUGCAUUUUUUGCCAUUUUUGAUCAUGUCAAGAGUCGUUUACGCCCACCAUUAUUUGCCCACUCUUUACUUUGCGCUAAUGAUCCUAACGUACUAUUUUGAUACAAUUACCAAGCGCUGGACUAUUACUAAUACAGGCAGAUCACUAAGGAUUGGGGCUUACAUUGCGUACGGAUCAUUGGUUAUCGCUGGGUUUUUUUAUUUCUCUCCAUUUAGUUUUGGAAUGGACGGCCCUAUGGAAGAUUACGCUUACUUGGCAUGGCUACCUUCGUGGCAAGUUGUCGAAGAUAUACGUAACACAUAG